AUGGCCACCGCCGUGAACGAGCACGUCCUGCUCAGCCAUCCCGACAAGCUGGUCCUGCUCGCCGAGAUCCCGGCCGCAGACUCGUGCGGCUUGUCGCAGCCCGACGUCACGUUCCGGCUGCUCGUUGAGCAAUGCAGCGACUACGGCGGCGGCCCCGUGGACGUCGACACGAUGGAGGACGUGUCCUGCCGCGUGCCGCUCCGCGACCUGGGCCGCCGGGGCGCCGCGGACCGGGUGUUCACAGACCUCGUGGCCAGGCUCGACAACCCGAUGAUACGCCCGGAGGUCGCGACGGAGGCCAGGAGGGCGGCGGAGCGCGUCGGGGCGAGUCGCGGCGCGCUCGACGAGCUCGGCGGCAUGGAGUUCCGCCUCCGCGUGGUGUUCGUCGACGAUGACGCGUCCGAGGAGCAGGCAGCGUCGGACGACGACGACGACGAGAGCGGGAGCGACAUGGAGUUCGGGGAAUUCGACCUGAGCGGCGCGCGGAGCCUGCAUGGCCAGCGGGCCGUCGCCGCGUACGAGGAGGAGGACGACGACGAGGACGGCUGCGGCGCCCAGUUCACGGUGCGCCCGUACCGCGGCGCCCGCGCGGGGGAGGGAGCGAACCUGCUGCUGUCGGGCUUCGAGGCGCGCUCGGACGGCCCCGAGCUGACCGAGCAGCACGAGCUGACGUCGCAUGACAUGCACCGCCUCGUGCACCUGGCGCUGGAAGGGGGCGCGAGCAUGGAGGACGACGAGGCCUACCAGCGAGCGCUGGCCGGCGGCACGGCCGUGUCCCGGGCGUCGCGCGCCGCCAUGGUCGACCAGGCGCUGCAGUCCGCGAGCCAGCAGCAGCAGCGGUCCAAGUCACCGAGCCCGAUCUUUCCGAUGCGUUCCGGAUUCUGA